UAGUACGAACGGCGAUUGAUCCUUAAGACAUUUUAAUUGUCAAUAGAAUCUAAAGUAAAAAAUGAUCAGUACAUUGAUCGUUGUCUUGUGUUUGAUAAUUGGCAGUGUUAACCAUGUAAUUUAUGGUAUUCAGAAUACACUCAAAGAAGAUCUAGAACUGGAAAAACAACUGAAGCUCAUUAACAAGCCUCCUAUCAAGAGUAUUUAUACAGAGUUUGGGGAUAUUGUUGAUUGCAUUGAUAUUAACAAGCAACCAGCGUUUGACCAUCCUUUAUUAAAAAAUCAUAAGUUGCAAAGAAAACCCAACUUUGGAAAAACAAGUGUGAAGACUUCACCAGCUAGAUCCAUAUUUGGGCUUGAUAAGGACAAAUGUCCAUUAGGGACAGUUCCUAUUCGGAGAACCACAAAAGAUGAUCUAAUUCGAGAAAAAUCAUUAUUAAAUGAUCAUAUGAUCAUGACUCAAAAAGCUCCUGGUAUUCAUGUUGCAGAAGUAUCUCUCAAGUCGCGUUUUGGUCCUUAUUCCAACAAGAAAUAA